AUGACAAUUACGUUAAAUUACCAAGAUAAUGAGAUUGUUUCAUCUCCCACGGUCAUUAUUAGUGGAAGAACCUCGACCGGUAUUACUCAAGGUAUCGUACAGGUUGUAAAUAACGAUAAUAGGGUAUUCCCACCACAAUGUUUUGAAGUCAACAACGGUAACUUCAAAGCAUUGAUCCAUGUCUCGCCAAAUGAGAAAAAUAAACUCAAAAUAGAGAUUAUGGAUAAUGGUCGUAUGAAUCCAUUUGGGUUCCCCGAGUACUCACACGGAAAGCCUCAGGUUGUGGAUAAGUCGGAGUUAAAUAUUAAUUUCAACCCAUUACCACAGAAUAAACCGGUUCAUUUAUGUGUCUUGGUAGGUAAAGAUUCUCAAGGGGCUUAUGAUAUGCCACAUUAUAGAUUGAAGAGAGGUGAACCAGCGAAUCUUCAAACUGCGAUAAAAAAGUUAAAGGUAGGUGGUAGAUUAAUGCAAUCAUUUACGCAGGAUGAUAUGAGAUCUACGGGUAUGAGUAAUAGAUCUUUCCAAUUUGUGGAGGAAACUGUUUCAAAUCAAGGGAUAUUUGGCUAUACUGUCGAUUCACCUACUCCGCAUCAAGAGAUCAAGAUCCAUGUUUUGCGAUCACCCAAGACGGUAGCUGAAUUAAGAGAUCCUAAUUUAGCACAACAAAAUUCGAAAGGAAACAACACAGGAGGGCUUUUUAGCCAUGCCUUAGAGCUUAUUGAGAAGACGCCUGAGUUAAGUGACAAAUUCAAGCGCCUGAAGACUGCUGUUCAAUGUGCUGUUUUGUAUUUGGAUUCACAUUUUGAUACGAAACUGGAUAUGAUUUUGGCUCAUGCUGCAUUAGGUGGUGGUAAUUCAAAUAUAAAGUUAGCCAUAUUUGGGUCUCACGGCUUACAUUCAUGGCCUGCAAGUUUCCCCCAACUAACUCCAAGCUUUCUAGAUGGGACACAUUUAUCCAUAAAUGAAGUUGCAAACGAUUGUAACCAAUGCGGAACGAGCUGGGAAUGUUUGAAUAUUACAUUGGGUGCGUUUAUGCAUGAAAUUGGUCAUUUAUUGGGCUGUCCUCAUCAAGUUGAUGGGGUCAUGCUUCGUGAUUAUAUUUGGUGGAACAGAUCGUUCAUGUCUAGAGAAGUUGAGUGCUUAAGAACAAAAUCUAGAGGUCAAUUGAUAAAUACAAAUGGUAUUUGGCCGCGGGUUUGUCAUUGGAAUAGGCUAGACUUGAUUAGAUUUUUUUAUCAUGAUUCCUUUAGUUUGCCAGUUGAUGCAAAAGAUCCAACAUAUGGAAAGGUACAAUCAACAACUAUAAUUCCGGAUGAUAAUUAUGAAGGGUCCUACAGAACGCCGACUCUGUAUAAUACGCCUCGUGGAGGGGCCCUCAUUAAGUCUGGAUCUGGCAUCUACUUGAUCGAAUUUAUAACUAAAGACUUGGCAAGACAUUCAUUUUCUUAUUACCCAAAGUCCUAUGGAGGUACAGGUUUACAACACGAAAUAAUGCUAGACUAUGAUUCUUGUUAUCAAUCUCUUAAGAAGAAUACAAAUGAAGUGGAUGAACAUUUCGCAGUAAGAAUAUUAUCAUUAGGUGGUGAUUUGUAUAUUAAUGACUUCAAGAAGCAUUGCUCAACUGAUGCAGCUCAAAACGUAAUCAAAAGUGACUUUGGCUUAAAUAGAGGUAUGCUCACUGGAUAUAAAAGUGCCCUUUUAGGCAAGAGCAAGGAUAAAGAAUCAGUAAUAGGAUUUGACAUUACUAAAGUUACUAAAGUUCGUGUCUACCACGGAGGGGCAUUAGAUGGAGUUAGAUUUUAUUUCAAUUCCUCUGAUAAUGGCGAAACGAAAAACGCUCCAAAAGUUCCCCUAAGAAAUUAUUUACAUAAGCUAACUAACAAGCUGUCCGAUUCGUCUGAGAAUAGAAAUAGCAGCCAAGGAGUGAAUCCUAAAGUGGUAACGAUUGGGCAUGAAAAGUCACAUUAUUCAGAUUAUGAUAUUGGUCCAGGCGAAUAUAUUACCAAAUUCCAUAUUAGAAAUGGUGCCUGGAUCGAUGCUAUUCAAAUUGAAACAAAUACUGGCAAAAAAUCACCAAUGUUCGGCAAUCCAAAUGGUGGGCACUUAUCGACGUUGGAAUCUCCUGGUCAAGGCUUUCAUGUGAUAGGUAUGUACGGUUAUGUAGGAUCAUGGUUAGACGGUUUAGGAAUCAUAUAUACGUGUGACUAG